AUGAAAGAACUGUAUAGAGCCGCGAAACAGUUAUGCAGUAGACCUAUAGUCACAAAACCCAUUAGAGGCAGAGACGGACAUCUCCUAGUCACAGUUAAGGACCAGCUAUCCAGAUGGUACGAGCACUUCUCCGAAGUCUUCAAAGCUCCAGACUCAUCUGUUGAAAGCGAGGCAGAGGAAUCUCAGGCACUACUCAACAUUGACACAAGGCCACCUACGAAGAUUGAAAUAGCAAGAGCGAUACAAUCACUGAAGAAUGGCAAAGCACCAGGCAAUGACGGAAUUCCAGUAGAAGCUUUUAAAGCGAAUGCUGAUGUGUCUGCUGAUGUCCUGUUUUCGCUCUUCCAAAAGAUCUGGGAGAAAGAAGAGGUGCCAGAAAGUUGGAAAGAAGGCCUUAUUAUCAAACUGCCCAAGAAAGACGACGUAAUGCGUAGAGCCACAUGCGAAUCGCAGAGAGGUCUGCCAUGGACACAGGAACAGCAAUUAGAGGACAUCGACUUUGCAGACGAUCUUUGUCUGCUGUCGACUAAACGCCAACACCUGCAGUCCAAAAUUGACGACCUCGCCAGAGAAGCAGAAAAGGAUGGACUACGCAUAAACUGCUCCAAAACUAAAGAGAUGCGUCUCAACACGUCGGAUGAUUGCGCCGUGCAUGUAAACGGGGAGGCUGUGGAGAGAGUGAACAAAUUCACGUACCUCGGCAGCGUCGUGGACCCUCACGGCGGAACCGAGGCCGACAUCGACGCCCGCAUCAACAAGGCCCGGUCAGCCUUUGCGCAACUCAAGCCCGUCUGGGACUCCUCCGUCAUCGCUCGCCGCACUAAAGUUCGGAUUUUCGAGUCAAACGUCAAGUCAGUACUCUUAUAUGGUUGCGAAACGUGGUUCGUAAGAGAUGACCUAACAAGAAGGCUACAAGUAUUUGUCAACAAAUGCCUUAGACAGAUACUAAAGGUAUUCUGGCCACGAACCAUCUCGAAUACGGAGUUACGGAGACUGACCAACCAGAGGAGAAUUGACUCGGAAAUCCGGCUUAAGAAGUGGAGCUGGAUUGGCCAUACGCUGCGGAGAUCCGAAGACCAUCCACCCAAAAUCGCCCUGACAAAGUGGGCUGCAUCUGGCAAGCGAAAGAGGGGACGGCCAAAAACCACGUGGCGUCGCACUGUCGUGCAGGAGGCAGCCGCCCUCGGCAUGAGCUGGCACGAAGUCGAAGGCAUGGCACAGGACCGGUCAGAGUGGAAAUCUACACUUCGAGCCCUAUGUCCCUGA